AUGUUGCAUUUUCGGCCUACUAAAACACUCGAAAAACGUAACAUGUUUUCCUACACUCCUUUGGCUUAUGACGACGUUAGCGAUGACUCGAGGCGAGCAGUGGUGGCGGUGCAGAAUAAGUCCGCCUACUGUGAAUGGCAGGAUCUGCAACAGAAGGAGAAUGAUUCUCAUUUAAAAUCGAGCGAAGAAGCUCUUACCCAUCUUGAGGAGGUCAUAUCCCACGUUAUUUCUGAGGCUGUUGAGUAUGCUGAUAAACCGCCCGAAGAGCGGACACUUCCUGCUCUUGUCAGGAAGUCUGCUACUCAGCCACGGAGGCCCAAUGCAAUGGGUAGCUAUGGUCAAAUUAAUGCGUGUAACAAUGGAACACAAAUUAUGGGAUUUGGUCAGAUGGGUGCCUAUGGAUUUCCGCAAGUUCAGAGACAGAUGCAGUGUAAUCCACGUUUCACAGUCCAAAAUACGGCGCUUUUGCAGCAGUCGCCUCAACGCAUUAUGGCGCAGUACAACGGCAUUCAGGCCGGUCAUUAUCAUGCCCAAAAUGCUCAGCUCCAUCAACAAUAUACCCAAGCUGCCCAGCAUUUUCAGCUGCAACAGCAGCAGGCCCAAUACCAAAUCCAGUUGCAGCAGCAGGCUGCAGCGGCCGCAGCAGCUCAACAUCAGGCGACGGCAAUAGCAGUAGCCCAGCAGCAGCAGGCGGCCGCGGCCCAGCAACACCAACAAAUGAUGUAUGCGAGCGGUGCCUCUUUUUCUGUGGUCCCAACGGCGACUGCCUCAUCCGCACCCACAGCUGUCACCCCCACCACUCCUCAAGCAGCACCACCUCCUUCAACUGUCUCCCCCACCGUCAGCCAGCAGCAACAUUCCCUCAAUCCUCAACAGCUCCACCAGCUCUCCGCUGCUUAUGCCGCCGCUCAUCAGCUACCUGGUAUGAUUCAAGCUUUUACGCCGGCCCAACAGGUCCAGGCGCAGUCCCAGCAAAUGACUGCCGUGACUGCACAACAACAGCAACAGCAGAGGUGGACUGCUUCGUCCCCAGCUGGCGUCUACCAGCAGCAGCAACAGCCCAAUAAUCCUUCGGAUGCACAACAGCAGCAGCAACAACAACAGCAAUUUCUUCAUGCACAGCAGGUCCAGGCUCAAGUUCAGCACAGCAUCAAUAUCUCCAAGCCCAGGUGCAGCAGCAGUUGCAAUCCCAGCAGCAACAAAAUGUCUCUAAUCACCACUCUUUUGGGUGAUCUGUUGACUGCGCCGUUUACUUCUACCGUAUCCGAACCAACUCAGCUCUACGAUAGUCUGAGCGUUUGCGGUGUUUUAUCUGCUUUUAUAAUGCACACUCCUUUGCAUUUUAAAAUCCAUUAUUAUCCCAUCCUUUGCGUACAAGAACCCCAGCCCACUCAGAGCUGCACAGCGGGACUUUCGAUUCAUCCUAGUCAGCUUCGUGUCCACUGA